AUGAUAAAAUUCUACCAGCAUGCCCUGGCCUUGGCAUUUGCUGUAAAUGAGAUAAAUGAGGACCCCAAGAUCUUGCCCAAUGUCACUCUUGGAUUCCACAUAUAUGACAACUUCUUUGAUGCAAUGAUGACCUACCGUACCACUCUGGAUGUGUUCUCCAAAUCACACAGCUUUUCCCCUAACUACAAAUGUGAUGCCCAUAAAAACCCCAUCGUUGCUAUUGGGGGACUUGGCUCUGAUACUACCUUCCACAUGGACAACAUCUUAAGUCUCUACAAGAUACCACAGCUCUACCCAUUUCUUCAAGGCAUUUCAUUCAACAACUCAGUUGGAGAAGCAAUGUUUUUCAAUGAUGAAAGGGAAGUAGAAGGAGGAUUUGACAUUGUGAACAUGGUCAUAUACGCAAACAGGUCAUUCCAGAGAGUGAAAGUUGGAAAUGUGCACCCCAAAGACCUCGGAGGAAAAGAAUUCAUCAUUAAUGAAGAUAUAAUAAUGUGGCACAGAACAUUUAAGCAGAUGCUUCCUGUUUCUGUGUGCAAUGACUACUGCCACCCGGGAUAUCAGAAGAAAAAGAAGGAAGGGCAUAAAUUUUGCUGCUAUGACUGUGAGCAAUGCCCUGAUGGGAAGAUUUCAAACCAGAUUGACAUAAGUUCCUGUUUCAGCUGCCAAGAGAAUCAAUAUUCCAACAUGAAGAGAGAUGGAUGCAUCCCCAAAAUAAAAAGCUUUCUGUCUUAUGAAGAACCUUUAGGGAUCAGUUUAGCCUUCCUUGCUAUUUCUUUUUCCCUGAUUACACUGUGGGUAUUAGGAAUCUUCAUUAAGUACAGAGAUACCCCCAUUGUGAAAGCCAACAACCGGGACCUCACCUACACUCUCCUGGUCUCCCUUUCGCUCUGCUUCCUCUCAUCUUUGCUGUUCUUGGGCAAACCUGGGAAAGUGACCUGCCUUCUUCGCCAACCAUCUUUUGGCAUCGUCUUCUCAGUGGCUGUUUCUUGUUUGCUGGCAAAGACUACCAUUGUUUCUUUAGCAUUCAUGGCCACAAAGCCUGGAUCCAGAAUGAAGAAAUGGGUGGGGAAAAAUGUGUCCAACUCUAUUGUCCUUUCCUGCUCGUUUAUUCAAGCCAGUAUUUGUACUAUGUGGUUGGCAACUUCUCCCCCUUUUCCUGAUUUAGACAUGUUCUCAGUAACAGAAGAAAUGAUUCUACAAUGUAAUGAAGGGUCCACUGCAAUGUUUUACUGUGUCCUGAGCUACAUGGGGCUCCUAGCCAUUGCUAGUUUCAUUGUGGCAUUCCUAGCCCGCAAGUUGCCCGAUACUUUCAAUGAAGCCAAGUUCAUUACCUUCAGUAUGCUGGCGUUUUGCAGUGUGUGGGUUUCAUUUCUUCCAACUUACCUGAGUACAAGAGGGAAAUACAUGGUGGCUGUGGAGAUUUUCUCCAUUUUGGCCUCCAGUGCUGGUUUACUGGGUUGCAUAUUUUUGCCGAAAUGCUACAUAAUUUUGUUCAGGCCAGAGCUUAACAGCAAGGAGCAACUACGGAAGAGAUAA